AUGCGUGCAAAGAAUAAUCUUAAAGACAUUCCUACAUCAAAAGGAAAGAAUCUUCUUUUGGCUUGCUCUCUUAAUAUGAUGUCAUGUUACUUGAAAACCAACCAGUAUGAAAACUGUAUCCAAGAAGGCACUGAGAUUCUGGCAUAUGAUCCGAAGAACGUUAAAGCCCUUUACCGAAGGGGUCAAGCAUACAAAGAACUGGGUCAACUAGGAGAUGCUGUGUCUGACUUGCGUAUUGCACAUGAAGUUUCUCCUGAAGAUGAAACCAUUGCAGAUGUCUUCCGGGAUGCUGAGGAAAGAUUUAUCAAGGAAGGUGGUCCACAUCGUUCAAGAGGGCUUGUUAUUGAAGAAAUAACUGAGGAAGCAACUGUAUCAUCUGAUAAGCCCGAGUAUUCUACUUCAGAACUGCCGUCUCAGGAAACCAAUCAACCCAAAACUUUUCAAACUGCUAACAUUAAGGAGGCUCAGUCUACGAAUACUAACCAUUUGGAGACACUAAAAGAUGAUCCAGAUUCUAUCAGAUCCUUCCAGAACUUCAUUUCUCGCACUGAUCCUGAAACAUUGGCUGCCAUAAAUGGUGGAAAAGUCGAAGGCAUUUCACCUGAAAUGCUAAAGACUGCCUCAGAUGCAAUCGGCAAGAUGUCACCUGAAGAACUCCAAAAGAUGUUCCAGUUAGCUUCUUCCUUAAAAAGAGAAAAUCCGUUUACUGAAAACACCCCGAAUUUCAGUCCAGGACCAAUACCAUCAGAUUUAUCCCCAGACAUGAUCAAGACUGCUAGCAACAUGAUGGCCAAAAUGUCACCAGAAGAUCUUCAGAAUAUGUUCAAAAUGGCAUCAUCCUUGAAAAAGGAUGACGUGGCAUCAUCAUCGCCGUUAUCAGCAGGUUUACAUACUAAUGAGGGCCCCGUCCCACCAAACUUGUCGCCCGACAUGCUUAAAAUGGCUUCUGAGAUGAUGGGCAAGAUGUCACCCGAAGAUCGUAAAAGGAUGUUUGAAAUGGCAUCAUCCUUGAGAGGACAGGAAAGACGAGCACCAUCGACCGCAACUUCGUAUUCAAACAAUGAUGACGAUAAUGUUGGUGAAAGUAGUGCGUCCCGGAGUAUGAAUUCAGCUUCUCCACAGUCGAGCUUUUUAAAUUCCUCCAAUGUUGAUCUGCAAGAACAAAUGAGAAAUCAAAUGCAAGAUCCUGCUAUGCGACAGAUGUUCACAUCAAUGAUAAAAAAUAUGAACCCGGAAAUGAUGGCCAACAUGGGCGAGCAAUUUGGAUUCAAGCUUUCUCGUGAAGAUGCUGAGAAAGCUCAACAGGCCAUGUCAUCAUUGUCACCUGAUACUUUGGACACAAUGAUGAAGUGGGCUGAUAGGGUUCAGCGAGGUGUAGAGGGAGCAAGAAAGACAAAGAAUUGGCUCCUGGGCCGGCCUGGCAUGAUUUUGGCCGUAUUUAUGCUCUUUUUGGCAGUCAUCCUUCACUGGCUUGGCUUUAUUGGUAAGUAA